AGAUGACCUUAGCUACAGAAUUUGCCGAAACUACUCGUCGUUCAGCCACUAGUGCUGACAUGAGAAAAAGAGUCUUACACUUAUACCGUAAAUAUAUCAGAAGUUCAAGAGAAUUUUGUGAUCUUUAUGAAUUAGAUAUGCCAGUUUCAAAUGUUAAGACUAAGAUUAGACAAGAAUUUGAAAGACAAAGAUUUGUUAAAGAUUUAGAAGUCAGCAAUGUUUUAUAUAUGAAGGGACAAAUGGAAUAUCAAGAACUAAUGAAUUUCUGGAAACAACAAUGUCAUGUUUUAAGAUAUUUUGAAGAUCAAGACCAAUACGGAGCUGUUGAUAAAAAUGAUUUUGUUAAGAACUUCUUAAGAGGUAAUUAAAUUACUUUUAAAAUAAUUGCAUUUACUUG